AUGGCGGACGCAGAGGAGAAGAAGACGCUGGCCGAACUGGAGACGGAGGUGGAUGAGGAGGGAGAUGGAAAGGCGCUUGUGCGGGCCACGAGCACCAUCUUCGGCGGCCGCACCGAGGCGCGUGCCACCAAGAAGUUCCUGAGCAGCAAGAAGCGAGUCGAGUUCUACGUGUGGGCGCGUGAUCUCCCCUACGCCCCUGGCUCCACCAUCCCCAUCCAGGUUUCGAUUAAGAACACAUCGGAGAAGCAGGUCCGAUCGAUCAUGGCGACGCUGCAAACCAAGGAAGGCGUGGCCGAGAAGGGCAAGAAGCUCGAGCCGCUCCAGACCGGCAAGAAAGAGGAAUGGUUCCAGGGCUCCCGGUUCCCGCUCGAUGGCUACACCGACUACGACGGCAGCGUCACCUACCAACUGCCCCGCACCCUGCCCAGCUCCUCCGAGUCCAUCACGCACGAGAUCCUCUUCCAGUUCGACGUCAAGGGCUUCACCGGCUGGACGAAGGUGUUCGCUCCCCUGGUCAUCACCGUCAAGAAGAUCUGA